UUCAACUUGUGUUUGAAUUUCAAAUAUUUAAAAGUUUUAAACCGAAGUUUCUACAUUUUAUUCUAUAUAAUAUAGGAAUAAGUUCUCGAAAAGAUCUAACAUGAGUUUAUUAAGUGCUGUGAUACAAGAAGUCGACAAGGCAAGUACAAAUGAGCUAAAGAAACGUUGUGAUCUGCUUGUCCCUAAAAUAAAACAUCUCACAGAAAGAGUACAGUUGUUAAUUUUUUCAUUACAACAGAAUUUCAUUGAUACCUACCUUAAUUUCACGCCAACAAAAAGUUUAGAGCAACACAAUUAUAAAAAUAGGAAAAUCAAUAUUAAUUCUGAUUACACGAGCAUAAUCGAAGAAGUAGAAACUUUACGAAAAAAAUAUGAUUUAUGUGAUGAUGAAUUCAACAAAUGUUCCGAUAAGAUGAGCAAAUCGUAUCAAAUGUUCAAUGAUUUAUGUGUCGCAGUGGAAGCAAAGAUGAUAUUAGAGAAAGCUGAUCAUGAAUUUGGUCGAUACAAUUACAGUGAGGCAAUGUUGGGUGUGAUGGAUUUAAUAAAACAAUUGAGUAAUCUAAAACUGGGUAGCAAUUUGGAUAAAGCACUAUUUAACCUCAAUGAACAUGCUGAAAACCAAUUAGCAUUGUAUACAGCAAACUUAAGUAUUGAAUGGGAGGAUAUAUUUACAUGGUCCGAACAAAGGAGUGUGUACUAUUUGAAAUAUUCUUUGUCGGUCCAACAAAGUGAUCCCACACUUAUACAGAGAGUGUUGAAAUCUCUUCAUGUAACUCAGACGCUGAAUGCUGAACUGGGCUUGUUUUCUAACUUCUUCAUUGAUCAAUUAUUGCAUAAUGUUAUAAGGCACAAUUGUGAUAUAUUUACAGAUGACCAUAUAGGUGCAAUUAUAUUCAAUAUAAAGAUAGACAUGAAUGACAGUAAAAAGCCGAGCUACCAAACAAUAUUUAAUAAUCUAACAGCCAUUUUUGAGUUCCUGCAAUCCACACUGGGCUCUCAUUUAAUUGAUACCGAUCAGACAUUUAUAGAGAUCUUUGCCGAGUCUAUAAGGAUGAAGUUUUUUAAUAAAAUUAUUGAAGAUUGCAUUAAAAGCAACCUACCAACUUGUGAUAGCACUUAUCAGAAUUAUAAGAAUAUAGCAAUUGAGCUGGAUUCUUUUAAUAAAUUUCUAGUUGAGUUGAAGUUUGUUAAAGCUGAUGAAUCACCUCUUAACAAAUACAUCAAUGAUACUGAAUGUGUAUUGUACAAUAAGAAAUGUGAUAAAUUAUUGUCUGAUGUGCGCUCCCUUCUUUUUGAAAGUCUUUCACAUGGAACAAUAGUUGUUGGCUCUGAAAAUGUAGUUCCUGAUGAAUCAAUAUUAGAUAAUCCAAUCAAAGAAGAGCUAUGGAAUCUAAAUAAGCCACUGUUUCUGCCCAAGUGUGUUGUAUCGGAAAAUGUUAAGAAAAUAAUGACAUUAGUAGUAGAGCAUUUAGAAGAGAGUGUUAAGUUACCUGAGAAAUAUAGUCAGCAGCUUGUAAUAUAUAUAAAAGAUAUAGCCAUGAUGUAUCAGUGUGUGGUACCUAAGAAGUUUAAAGUUAAUUUAGAAUCCUGCCCUCUAGAUAUUGCAUUAUUCUUCAACAACUGUUUCUACAUUGCUCAUAGUUUACUGGGUCCACCAUGGAAGGUAACCCUCCCAAUCACCCUAUCUGAUCAGCUCAUGACAGUACUCCUGGAAUCCAUACAGAACCUGAGAGUGUUGGGUCUAGAAAAGAUGUCUCUCUACUUGCAAAGUCAAAAAAAUAUUAUUAACCAAAAAAUUGAAACAGAAGAACCAACUGUAUGGACACAUGAAAUUUAUAAUCAAUUUGACAAUUCUGUCAACAGCACUAUGACCCUAUUGAAGGACUUGAGGUCCAAUUGGUACAACAUACUGCCGACUAGCAUGUAUGAGAUGUCCAUUUGUACUCUAAUCCAGGCGUUAUGCCAGUCAAUAUUACACAGACUGUUUGCAGACUGUAGGCCAAUAAAUGAAGAUAUAGUGUAUAUGUUAGCUACGCAGUUGGAAGAUGUCACAUCAGAGUUGGUGUCAUUGUUUGAGGAGCCGAUUCAAUUUGAGAACAAGAUAAACGUGUGGACUAAAUUCACAAUGCUGCCGCAACUGCUGAAGGCCCAACUCUUGGAGACGGCUGACCUGUGGAAUAGGAAUAAAGAAUUCUCUCAGUGUUACACAUGCGAAGAGAUACGGCAGAUUACGGCAUUCGUGAUCAUCGCGUUAGUGAUCGUCGUCAAUCAAGGACGAGACGUGACAGCAGAGAGUGAUGUCAAAGUAGACCAAAUAGCGGAGGAGGCGAAGAACAUAGCCUUGACAAUCAUAGACAACCCAAAGCACGUAGUGCAGAAUGACACGAACCAACAACCUUCAAGAUCAAGUGUUCAGAAUCGCCAACCCGAACACAGACCACCGAGCAAACCACCUCUCAACCCUGAUAAACCACCGCAGCAGAAACAUGGAGAACCCCAACGAGGUCAUUAUAGCCAAAUACACAAAGUGCCACUACAACGACAUUAUUACCCUCAAGCACCACAUCAAUUCUAUUACUCCACAAACUCAGUAUACAAGUUCCCUAAAGUGAUACCGUUGCCACCUCACAAAAAUGCGUAUUACAUAAAAAAACAGCAGAGGCCGUUAACAUACGCGUCUUCGACGAAUAAGCCCACAGUCUUGAAAAGUCCUAAGUUCAGUUUACCAGUUCAGACGGUUACUGGGAUACGAAAAGAUGUCGUUAGGCCUCCACCUCAUUUUAACGCAACCACAACUACCACAACUGUUGGUACUACAACUACAAGGCCUUUGAGAGUAAAGAGAAUAUGGCCGAAAAAGAUAUUAGAAAAAAUGAACGCCACCCUAUAUAAUACGACAGUCAAUAAUGGCACAAAAUCUACAAACACAAAUAUUAACCAAGUAGAUUACGAGGGAGCGGAAAGUGUUUACAGAGUUAAAUAUGUACAUAAAAAUUCAACUGACGACACUGAGCCAACAAAAAAACGCAAAUACCGACCGGUAACUAGAAUACCUAAGAUACGAUCGACAACUGAGCCAACAGUAAAUUUAACAGAAAUUCAACCAAAUGACUGGAUACCUCUAGUACCCUCGCAUUAUACCCAGUCCCGGCGACCAGUUUUGACGCGAAUUACCAAAAGAUCAGACUCAUUUCCCAGUGGUAGAGAACCAUCAGUUCCUCAUAAACGUUUGUUGUAUUUACAUUCGUUUGGAUUAGUCCCUGUGAAUCGAUUGCAAAACCAACAAAAUAUACCUGAAUCAGCGGCGAAAAAAAUGGCAUUUUUUAGAAAGAGAAAGCGACAACUGAUUCCCUUCACCGGUUACAGUGCGAAACCUGGGGAUAAAUCGUCUUCGCAAUACUUUCUCGGUGAUCUGCAAGCUGAAGGAAGUCAACAUAGUCCAAAGGUUGUCACGAAAAUUAAACAUCACCAUCAUCACCACCAUCACAGAUAUGUCAAAACCGUUGAAAAACCAGUGAAAAUUCCGUACAGAGUCGAAGUGCCGAAGCCUUAUCCUUUUCCAGUUGAAAAGAAAGUGCCUAUACCUGUUGAAAAAUAUAAGAUAGUAGAAAAACCCGUUCCCUAUCCGGUGACAGUUGAAAAGAAAGUGCCUUAUCCCGUUGGAAUUAAGGUUCCACAUCCAGUGCCUGUGAAGGUCAUCGAAAAAGAAUACGUUCCAAAACCGUACCCUGUAGUUCAUCACGUUCCGGUUCUAAAACAGGUCGAAGUGAAAGUACCUCAGCCAGUACCCGUGCAUAUAGAAAAGAAAGUACCGUAUCCAGUAGAGGUACAUGUCCCAGUCGAUAGACCAGUUCCUGUGCCCGUGACUGUAGAGAAAAGAGUACCCUAUGCUGUCCCUGUCAAAGUUUUAGUGCCCCAACCCUAUCCAGUGGAGACAAAAGUGCCCUAUCCAGUCCAAGUAAAGGUAAAGGAACCAGUUGAAAUUAUAAAACAUGUCCCAAUAAGAGUGCCAGUUCCCCAACCAUUCGCAGUCAAAGUUCCACAGCCAGUUCCCGUGCCUUUUGAGAAGAAAGUACCAUAUCCCGUUGAAGUUGAAAAGAAAGUGCCUGUACCUUUCGAAGUUAUCGUGCCACAAAAGGUAGAAGUAGAGAAGAAGGUUCCCGUUUACAUUCCUAAACCAUAUCCCGUGGAGAAGAAAGUUCCCGUACCAGUGAAAGUGCCGUAUCCUGUGAAGGUACCCGUAAAAGUGCCGGUCCAAGUGCCCGUUGAAGUUCCAGUGUAUAUCCAUGAUCCUUACCUCGUUUACAAUGACGACUAUUAUCCAUCUGAAAGUGGAACAGGGACUGAAAAUACUGUGACGCAAGGCCCCACACAUACAGUCACAGUGCAUGGAAAUACAGGGUUCACUGGUUUCAAGUCACGUUCUGACACCGACGUCAAUGAGUCUACUACGACGAUCUCCGUAACGUCCACAGCUGACUCUUGAGGCUGACGUACAAGUAUUAUUUCAAAUGUUGUAAAUUUAAAUGCAUCUGUACAAUCAUCGAUCGAUAAGAGACAUUUUCGAUUUGCAUGAAUUUAAGAUGAUAAUAGUACCUUAAAAUCUAAGUUAUUACUGUUGAAAGUAUGUUUGUUGAACGUGUUAAAUGAUGUUGUUGGUCCGUUUUGAGUAAAUGAA